AUGCUUUCCCCUAACGACUGCAGCCUCUCACCACAGACCAGGUUCGAUCUGGUCCAGGUGAACGGUGCCUGGACCCGACAGACAGAGCAGUGGCAGGGGGCCGAGGGAAAGUUGAGUCAAGCUAAAAUCUAUGAGAAGAAGUCGGAAAACGGAGUCUCCUGGACAGUGAUCAGCCCGAUCGUGUUCACCUACAGAGUCAUUCAGUGCCAAAACCUACUGGAUCCCAGAAAUGACACUUUGCUGUGGGGUCAUUUAGGAGGGGAAGAGCUAAGAGCGGCCGUAGGAAACUCCAAACCUGUGAAACGAUUUAUCGUCAUCGAUGAAACCGUUGAUCGUCUGUACGGCUCUCGGGUGGUCGGUUACUUUGAGUCCAGGGACGUCGUGUUUAAGAUCCUCCCUCUGCCCACCACUGAGGAGAACAAGUGCAUGGAGUUGGUGACCAGGAUCCUGGAGGAGGUUCAUGAGUUUGGUCUCGACCGGCGCUCCGAGCCAAUCAUAGCCAUCGGCGGUGGGGUCUGUCUGGACGUGGUGGGCCUGGCGGCUUCUCUAUACCGCCGGAGGACUCCGUACAUCCGUGUGCCGACCACCGUUCUGGCUUACGUGGACGCCAGCGUGGGGGCAAAGACAGGGGUCAACUUCGCCGGCGGGAAAAACAAGCUGGGAAGUUACAUCCCGCCGGUGGCAACGUUCUUAGAUCGCUUGUUUUUCCAAACUCUUCCGAUGCGUCAGAUCAGCAAUGGGAUGGCAGAGAUGUUAAAGAUGGCCCUGAUGAAGCACCUGGGCCUGUUCCAGCUGCUGGAGGCCGAGGGCCGGAGGCUGCUGGACACCAAGCUGCAGUCGGACAGCUCCAACAGCUCCGGACACGAAGACAGUGCCGCGGAAUCCACCCGGAUCGCCAUAGAAACAAUGCUGGAGGAGCUGGCUCCCAACUUAUGGGAGGAUGAUUUGGACCGGCUGGUGGAUUUUGGUCACCUCAUCAGCCCCGAAUUAGAAAUGAGAGUUUUACCAGCACUGCUUCAUGGGGAGGCGGUCAACAUCGACAUGUCCUUCAUGGUGUAUGUGGCCCACCAGAGGGGGCUGCUGACAGCAGAUGAGAAGCACCGCAUCAUCCGGUGCAUGCUGGGACUGGAGCUGCCUGUGUGGCACCAGGACUUCACCUUGGCCCUGAUACACAAAUCCCUGAAGGAGCGUUUGAGGCACUCUGCCGGUUCUCUGAGGAUUCCUCUUCCCACAGGACUGGGACAAGCAGAAAUCUUCCACGACAUGAUUGAGGAGAAUGUCCUCAGCCAAGCCUACGAGAAGUGGACCAAUGAGCUCGCUCCCUCUGGGACAUGUUGA